CAAUCUUCGGUGGCGAGGGAGAAGAGAAGACCUCAAACCACAAGUCGUCGUUCUUCUUCCACAGGCGGCGCGACGUCGCCGCAGGAGAGCUGCUGCCGGCCCCGUUUCUUUCCGCCUUCCUUUUGUGCUGUCGCCGCGCUCGCGCACGCCGCCGCUAUCUUCCAAUUCCGCCGCGCGCGCAGCAGCGAGUGACAGACAGCUGACGAGAAUGAGGAAGAGGAGAUAAGAAGGGGCCCUCAGCGAAAGACACCUCGCGAAAAGGCGCCUUCCCGGUUCCGGAUUGGAUUGUGGACUUGCCUUCGUUUGGCGUGUGUGCUUCCCGAGCCGCUACGCACACUUUUACGUGCAUCGUCAAGAAGGCGUAUACUCUUCAUUGGCGGUGUCACUUCUUCGACCAAGACUUCUCGUCGGCGACUUUUCCAUGAGUGGUGUUCUGCCGUUGCCACCGGUGACCACUGGUGUCGCGGCUCCGGAUCGCGUAGUGCCUGCCGCCUAGGAGUCGGGUGGUGGUUCGGGGAAUGCUUCCUCUGAGCUACGGCCUUGAGAUUGUGCAGCUCUUCGAGCCGCGUUGGGCGGACCACGAAAUCAGGUUGGAGAGCUCUUCGAGCGGCGGCUGCCGGCUGGCGCAAGGUUCCAGCAGCGGCGCGGGCUGCGGAGGCGGGGGCGGCCAUGGUUCGUCCUCGGCCGCCGCGGCUGCGGCCGCGGCCCGGCCGGUCGAGCUCGCCUUCCGCGGCCUCAGCGUCUCGUGCGGCUCCAAGGCGCUGCUACAGGACGUCUCCGGCCUGGUGAAACCCGGGGAGAUGCUCGCCGUCAUGGGACCCUCCGGUUCUGGCAAGACAACCCUUCUUAAUGCCUUGGCUGGCCGCAUCCGCAUGGACUCCGGCGUUGUACUCCUCAACAGCGAGCCACUGAACAAGCAGCUCCGCAGGCGCAUCUGUUAUGUCCUCCAGCAAGACAUAUUCUUCCCAGACCUUACACUCAGGCAGACACUCAAUUACACAGCACUACUGCGGCUUCCCGAAAGCAUGUCAUACCAUGAGAAGAUGGAGCAUGUCAACCAAAUCAUCGACGUCCUGGACCUAUCUAGGUGUCAAGACACAAUUAUUGGUGACGUGAUGAAGCGAGGCUUGUCCGGCGGCGAGAAGAAGCGUGCAAGCAUAGCCUGCGAACUGCUCACAAAUCCCACUGUCAUGCUCAUUGACGAACCCACCUCAGGUCUGGAUUCCAGCACAGCCCAUUCACUCAUGUCCACCUUGAAGGAGUAUGCCCACAGAGAAAACAAGACCCUCGUCAUCACCGUGCAUCAACCUUCUAGCCAGAUAUUCUACAUGUUCGACAAGCUUCUAUUACUCUGCAAUGGACAGACAGCCUACUAUGGUGAUGUCAACAAAGUAGUCGACUUCUUCAGCAGCAUAGGUCUCCAAAUUCUGCAGCAUUUCAACCCGGCUGAUUUCAUCCUUGAACAAGUGAAGAGGUCACCGGAUAUCCAAGAAAAAAUUAUCAUGAGUGCGCAAGAACUAAAAAAACGUCCAGACUACCCGAAGCAGCUGCUCGAAAAUGCCGAGGUCUACCCAAGUCCAGAGGACGUGGAGAGCCAGUGCAACUACAACGGGGCGGCGGCGAAUGUCGUCAAUUGCCCGCAGUGUCACAAGCAUGUGUGGAAAACCUUCCAGCACAAGCAUGCUGAAGAGGACUCGUGUCACAAAGAGCUUCAUGGGGACAACCAACAGUACGUCUGGGCCGUGUCGGAAGAGGACAAGCCGGGCGCGGAGAAGUCCAAGCAGGUGGAACUGCGAGUGAUGCUCGACCCCGAGAAGAAGAUUCCCACAGUGUACAGCAAAAUUGCCAUCCGUGACGACGAGGACUCGGGUCGCUCAUCUUGGUCCGAAGUCGGCAGCUCCGUGUUCAGCAGCCAGGACGACUUGGGUCACGAACAGAAGUGGCCAACAUCGUUCUGGACUCAGGUGUCGGUGUUGACGCGACGCAACUUCCUCGAAGCCAAGGGCCGUAUGCUGUCCAAGCUCAACUGGGUUCAGACCAUCGGCCUUGGCGUUGUGUGCGGGCUCAUCUGGUUCCAAGUGGACCGCACCGAAGAAACUAUCGCUGACAUCAGGGGCUGGAUCUUCUUCAGCACAACAUACUGGAUGCUGUUUGCAUUGUUUGGCGCACUCAUAUCUUUUCCACCCGAGCGUGAGGUAAUCAACAAGGAACGGGCGUCGGGUGCCUACCGCCUGUCGGCCUACUACCUGGCCAAGAUGAUAGGGGAGCUACCCCUGACACUGACACUGCCGUCUGCAUUCCACCUCAUUGCCUACCCCAUGCUGGGCUUUCACAGUGCACAGACGUUCCUCAGCUUAUGGGGUUUCCUCGUCCUAAGCACUGUAGUCUCGCAGAGUGUUGGGCUCUUCAUCGGCGCCACCUGCACCGACCUCCAAGUGUCUGUGACAGUGUCGGCACUGUACUCCCUCUCCACAAUGCUCUUCGGGGGCUACUACGCCUCUUCCCUGCCGCACUGGCUACGGUGGCUGCAGUACUUCUCUAUGGUGCACUACGCCUUCCAGAACAUGCACAUAGUCGAGUUCAGCAAUGGACCGGACGUCAGGUGCCUGUCGCGAAAUUCCCACUUCACGGCGUGCAACACCGGGGGUAGCGUCAUUCCCGUCGAGGACAUCAUAGGUGACCACGGGACGCCGCUCCCCAUCUGGGCCAACACCCUGGUACUCAUCAGCUUCCUCGUCUUCUUCCGCGCACUGGGAUACCUCGUGCUGCGAUACAUUCACAAACCCAAAUAGGACAAUCUUGGCUUAGUAACCCAAGGUGGACAAGCCUUACGCCGUUGUCUUGACGGCAAGUGCAGUGCCGUCUUUUUUGCACACAAGGACCACAAGCCUUUCUGUUCAUCGCAAAAGCACAGAGAACCGCAGAAGACGGUGGGGAAAGAGAAAUCGCUCCCAUGUCCUCGUGUUUCAUCAAGCGUCGGCAAGUCGCGCCGACUCUUUAGGAAGCUUUGACGCACUCCCCUAACGACCAACCACGCAGCUAUUGAGAAGUCUUACUGGGAGUGAAGCUGCUACGCUGCCAUCUUCUUACCUAUGAAAGCCUUCAAGCCACGAUGCCUCUUUUGCAUGGCCAUGAGCCAGCCCAUUACCGACGUUGAUCCAAGUGUGUUCUUUACAAAAAAAACUGCUUGAGGCAAGAGGCUGCAAAGAAGGCAAUGGUGCACAACGUCCAGCGUGCCAAAAAAAAAAGACAUUUCCAGGAGGAGCUCUAAUUCCUGCAGGAGCAAACUUUUCUAAGCUUGCGCGUUGAAGACGACUGCAAACGUAGUGCGCAGAGGAACUCUACGGCACGACUGACCCUUCUGCGGACACUUGAAAUGUUGUGCCAGUAUGUUGGUGUGGAUGCUGUGACUAUACCGUUGCGAGUGACUGGUGUGAUUGUUUGACUAGUGCGGAAAACGGGGGGAGAAAAAGAAAAAAAAAAAGACGCGCGCGCGUCGUGCAGUCCUCCGCGGCACCGUUGCCUGUGAGCAUCCCGUCGUGGUGCGGUGGAAACCGCUUUCAUCACGCAUGCAUACAUACGCAGCCACCUACACGCAAAUGGGUCAAUGAGAUUCCCCCCCACCGGUGGUAGCACUUCUCGGGGAUAAGAGUCUCUCACUCAUAUUUCCCGAAACCCUUCUCUCCUCUUUUUUUUUGUUUUUUUUUUGCGCUUCUACAACUCGCCUGCUGAAAAGAGGGAGAGAUAGAUAAAUAGCGCUCGCCUCUUUAUCGCAACCUCCCCUCUUAAGGCACAGCAAGAGGGACCGCAUCUUUCUUGUCUUGCUGCAGAUUUUAGUUUCCUCCCUCUGCUUGUUCCCUUUCCCCCUCUUGGCAGAAACGAAACCGCUUGAGUUUUGUUUUCGCACGCUGUGGUAUGGAUCUCACGACGGCAAACGCCAUGGCGCUAGCAGUGACAUACCAAAGAAAAAAAAAUGUGUAGCAGAUGCGCAAGUUAACUCCUUGCCCCCUCAUCCCUACCCCCCUGCGACAUACGGUGAGAAUGUUGAGAGAGAGAGAGAAAAAGUCAGCAAGUACUGCCAAAACCUGCGGCUUGCUGCUUUGGAAAAGCUUUAAAAAAUGCAGGAAGCUAGCAGCAACAACAAAAAAUCACUUUGUACUAUAGAUAAUAUUGCCUCGCACUUUUGUGGGACUAGUACUACUGUCGAGUUAGGCGGCCAUGCGAGAAGGGAGAGCGUUCAGAUUUUCUCCUCGCGUCUGCCCGACUCUGUCCUGGGCGACACACAAAUACUCUCGUUAUUUUUGUAAGGCUGCUUUCUUUCCAGUGUCGCUGGAAGGAGACGGAUGCGCUAAUUUAAACGCCGUGUCUGUCAGCCUCUUUUGUGGACUUUGGGGUGUGCGUGAAUGUGUUUUUUUCUUCUUUACAAACUGAAGACCGCCGAUGCUCUCGGUCGGGCGUUCUUCCUUUUCACCAACUUCUAUCAGGAUGCGCGCUUUUUCCGCGGCGCCUCCUAGCCCGUUGAGCCGUCGGCUGCCAACCUCUGCUCCUCGACGUCUUUCUGCUGUUUGCCGAGAAGCGCCUUUCCUUGUGGCUGAGUACUCACCGUGUGCAGAUCGCUUGGAAUGCUUUCGAAACGUUCCAACGCUAGGUGAGACGUGUGUAAGCUGUAAGCCCCAGGUCGAAAGAUUUCGAUCACCACACUCGCUCCGUCAUCCACGCGCGAUUGCAAAUGUCGGGAAGUGUGCUACCGCUGCACCUAUCUAUACAAGGUGCCCAUACCUUACUUCCAGUUGGGGAAACGGGGAACGCGCUUCGCGCAGCACUUCUUUUCAGACUCUCGAAAGAGUUAAUGUAACUAGCGUUGCUUUCUUGCAAUGCAGUCGCGCGCGUGCAGUUUUGUUCGGCUUCUGCCUUUGCAGAAAAUGAAUGCGUAGAAGUCAUUUUCAUUAAUUAUUAACAUUGCUACAGCAAUGGUUAACCCCUUCAGGGAACACGUUUUAGUGUUCCAUAAAAAUGUCGCGUCACGUUUGCAGUGCCAGAACGGGUGCACUGCAAGUAACAGUAAUUGGAAUUAACCUUCGCCCACGUGGACUUCCUUGAAAACCAGACUUCUACUUUCACUUUCGCUCGGUAUUCCAUAGGACCUGCACGCUGUGAGCAGCCAGGAAAAUGUUUUACACUUUUGCCAUGGUCCGAUUUGUACGAAGCACGUAGCCGACUUUGAAGACAAAACUGGGCAGCACAGUUGAAUGUGCUAUACCAUAAACAUUAUACCGACACACUUGGUACAUUUAUGGUAUACCGUAAACCUGGUAUGCAUACAGUACACCGCAAACCUGGUACAUAUAUGGUAUACCAAAAACUACAUACGAUUACGUAUACCGUAUACCUGGUAUGUUUACGGUACCAGAUUUACUGUCCCAUAGACCUGGCUUGUUUCUGGAUACUAUGUACCUGGUAUGUUCAUGGUAUAUCGUAGCCAUACCAGGUGUGUCGAGAGCGAACCGGCACGCAGUUAUUUCGACACUUCAUUCCAGAGCGUGUGCAUGUUUGUACGAGACCGUGCUGUUGAUGUUUUUCUCACUGGUUUUUUUUUUUUUAAUCGCCGUCCCGAGUCUCGCUUUGCAGCUUCGUGCAGUUGGCCAUUGUUGCGUACGGUUGUUACCGCAGAGUGAGGUUUGCGCUGACCACCGGUGUUCAAGCGCUUGCAAGUGGCCGAGAGAAGAGACGACGGGAAUCGUACAGAACUAGUUUUGGUCUUUUCCUCUUCUUUGCUUAUGAGUAUAUAAAAAAAAAGUGUUAUUGUAAGAGCUAGUUAAUAUAUUCAUACGAACAAACUCGUUCGUCGAUUCCAGUCUUCAGACAAAUCUCUCAAGGCAUCUUGCACUCUUGACUCCGGCAGCCGGUGAAAAAAAAUGAAGAGAAUCUGCGCUCUCACAGAACGAGAGACAAGCCUGUGGGUCUCCUCUCGUAUUUGUUGUUGUUUUGACCGUGGGAGUUUUCUUUUUUCCUCUGGACGCACCACUUGUUGCGUCCAAAAGGGCUGCGUCUCUUCCCGUGUUGCUAAAACUGUUUUCUUCGAACUGUGAUUCUCUUUCGUUUUGACUCUUCCUGCGAAGUGAACAAAUUUUUCUUGCCUCCCCACUUGUUGUCCUUUGCUCACCCUAAAUUUGUAAUCGGCGAUUGGCUUCUAAAAUAUGCAAAAAAAAAUAAUAACUUAGGCACGUACCCUGUUACCACAUUGAGAGAAAAAAACGUCCCUUCCCUUGUUUUUUCUCGUUCUCCUGUCCCGGGCAUUACAUGGAAUGAACUAAAGACAAAAAAUGCGUCCGGCACUGGCAAUGCGGGGAGCGCGGACGCUUUUCAUCGAUGUUGCCUCCUGCAUUUUACGACUCGACCCGUUGCGGACUGCGCAGACUAAUCUGGACUCUAUUUUUUUUGGACACUCGCUUCAAAAGCUGUUUGUACCGAUUCCUUCCUCCUCCUCGUCGCAUCUCACCUUCCCCCUCCCCCCCUUGUACUGGAGUCCAACUUGGUGGCCUUCGAGUCGUGAAGUGCAUAACCACAACUUAAUAAAUUAUUUUGGAGUUUACCCCCCCCCCUCCCCUCCUUUUCUCGAUCCUUACGAGUUUGUAUUUAGGUUCUCUUCAAAGUGAUUCUCCCUUGACCCCUUUUUGCCAUGUAUCCUUGCCCCCCCCACCCACCACCCACACCUUUCUCAUUUGUGUUUUUUUAACCCUUCAUAAGUCAGUAUUUCCUCUCUUGACCAAGUGUUUGUAAAUAUUUUCACCGAUUAUUAAUGUCCUUACGAAUUAAAUGUUUCAUCUAUUUUAUUAUGCAA